AUGAUUUGGAUAUAUAUACCAUAUAUUAUAGUUAUGUUGAUAUCAUUUUUCAACAUUAUUCAAACUGAACAAAAUGCUACAAUAUGGUGUACACAAUAUCGUCAAUUAUCAAAUCGAACUUUAAAUAAAGAAUUUGAUAUUUCACAUUUAAUUCUACAUUUAAAUAAAGAUUUAAACGCGACAUUUUCAUAUGCUCCUGAACCAGGUUGGUAUGAAAACAUCAUAAAAUAUCGUAAUAACAAGACUGAACAAAAUUUCAAAUUAAUGUGUAUGAAAUUAUAUGAAAUAGUUACGGAUUCAAAAAACAAUUCAAAAAGUGGAAACAUGUUACUGAACGCUUACAAUGUUUGGAAUAUUCGACCGAAAGUUUGGAUUGCUUCAUUAAUUUCAAUUUUUGUCAUAAGUGCAGUUGGACUAUUAGGAGUUGGUGUAGUACCAUUAGUUCAAAAAGUAUUUUUCAAUCAAGUUAUUCAAUAUUUGGUUGCAUUGGCUGUUGGGACUUUGACCGGUGAUGCAAUGCUACAUUUACUUCCCCAUGCUAUAAGCAUUGGUCAAGGUCAUGAUCAUGGAGGUGAAGAAACAUCAUCUAAGGAAGAAAAUGGCGAACGUAUAGCAAUUUUGAAAGGUUUGGUGGCUUUGGGUGGUGUAUAUUUCUUUUUCAUGGCGGAGAAAAUAUUAAGCUUAACUUCUGAAUAUCGGGCUGAAAAAAAGCUUGAAAAAGAAGAUCGUGAAAGAGCACUACUUAAUUUACCUGUAGCUCCAGUAACUCGUCGUUUAAGUUCUGUAAGACCAUCUUUGGCUCCAGGUGGACUUUUAGCAGUAUCUGGGCAAACCAGAAGACUAUCACAACUUGAUCCUACAUCAUGUAGAAGAGCAUCACGUGCUAUGUCUAUUGCAAAUGAAGAUGUAUUUGUUACGGGACUAAGUAGCAAAGCAAUGAAAUCAAUCGACAUUCUUUAUAGCUAUGCAGAGGAAUAUGAUGAGCUUACAAGAAGAUCUUCACAGGACAAUGGUAUAGAACAACCAUUGGUAAAACAUGAAGCACAGUUGGACCUUCCUGAUGGGAAACCAAAGCAAGUUAAUGAAGAGAACAGCUCAAAGAAAGAUAUACAACAACAUCAAGAAAAGCUUGUAAUAAAUUUGCCAAAAAUUACAAUAGCAGAAGAAAAUGAGACCAAGAUAAAAGAAUCAGAAAAACAGUUGCGUAUCGACUUACCAGAUCAUCAUCAGGAAGACGUAAACACAUCUGAUCAUGGACAUGGUCAUAGUCAUGGUCAUUCGCACGAAGUUCCAGAAUCUGUAGCUGCAGUGGCUUGGAUGGUAAUUAUGGGUGAUGGUCUACAUAAUUUUACAGAUGGGAUGGCAAUCGGUGCUGCGUUCGCUCAAAGCAUUUCAGGUGGUCUUAGCACAAGUGUUGCAGUAUUCUGCCAUGAACUACCGCACGAGCUAGGUGAUUUUGCUGUACUUUUAAAAACUGGUAUGCGGAUUAAAGAAGCAAUGUUUUUCAAUAUUAUUUCAUCAAUUCUUUGUUUAUUUGGAAUGUUAGUUGGUAUAGGUAUUGGUAAUGUAGAAUCUGCAAGUUAUUGGAUAUUUGCAAUUACUGCUGGAACAUUUAUUUAUAUUGCACUUGUUGAUAUGUUACCUGAACUUAAUUCACUUGAAUUAAGACCAGGUCAAACACGAAUUGGUCAAUUCAUUAUUCAAACAGCUGGUUUAACAACUGGUGUUGGAAUUAUGCUGGUUAUAGCCUUAUUUGAAGAUUCUAUUCGUGUAAUAGUUGAUUAA